AUGACCCACGCCGCAGCUAAGUAUGUAUUUUUGUUUCAGGUAAAUAAUAAAAGUUUAAGUUUUAAAUUCGAUCUUCCGCUAGACGAUGAGACAAGAAAGAGUAUAACAGACAUUUUUACCAAAUUAACAGGCUUGAAUGUGGAGCAGAGUGUAAGGUGUUUGGAGGAAAAGGAAUGGGAUUUGAAACUUGCUUUAGAGUAUUUCAUGAAAUUGCUUAAAUUGGAUAAUUUUGAAUGUAUCCGAAGUUAA